AUGGUGGAUAUAUCGCGAAGGAUCUGGGCCAUUGCCAUUAUCCUGGCCCUGAGCACCGUGGAUGCCUGGGCCAAUGGCGGGGAUAUACCCCUUCGGUGCGACGAAUACGAUCCGAUGGUGGGCUACAUGGACAUCAACGAGGCCUACUGCACGGUCACCGGUUUCACGGUCACCCACAGCCAGAACGUGGUCAUAAAAAACAUACCGGCCGGCAACAUGGUCAAGUUUAUGAAAUUCUACAUGUCGACCCUGCUGUACAUGCCCUUCCACCUGUUCGAAACGUUUCCGUAUCUGAAGACCCUCGAUGUCUCAAACACGAACAUCGUGGAGCUCACCCGUAACGCCUUCAGCGCGGCCAGCAAUCUGACGGUCUUGAAUCUGUCGUACAACAACCUGACCUCCAUUCAGACCUCAGUGUUCAUCGGAGCCAAUAUUCUGAUGCGCCUGGACUUGUCCUACAACGACAUCACCUCCCUCAGCGUCAACGCCUUUUGCGGACUGCAGACCAUCAGCCAGAUAUUCCUCACUGGCAACCGAUUGAAGGAGCUGCACAGCGACAUCUUCAAGGACAACGAGUACCUCGAGAAGGUGUCCUUUGAGGGCAACAUGCUGACCACCAUUCAGCCGGAGGUGUUCAGGAAUCUGCGCAGAAUCAAGGAAGUGAACCUCUCGAACAACCAGCUGAUCCACAUACAUCCCGAUACCUUUGCCGAGGCAGCCAGCCUGGAGAACCUGAUGCUGUCCUACAAUCAGUUGCAGAACUUCAAGCUCACCGACAAGAACAUCGUGCACCAGUUGCACUUGGACAACAAUAAUCUUACCACCUUGUUGAUUAAUGCCACGAGAUUCGUUCGGGCCAGCUACAAUCGCAUUUCCCAGCUACUGCUGUACCAGAGCCUGCACAUCGAGAGCAUGGACCUGCGGGCCAAUAAUCUCACCAGUAUCUCGAACCUCACCAACAUAGCCUACCUACUGCAUCUGGAUGUUUCCGAAAACCCCAUCGGACCUUUGAAUAUAACCACCUUCAACCAACUCAAGAGACUUCGCGGACUAUUUCUGAGAGGAACUGGCAUCCGUGAACUCAAGUUUGGAAUGUUUUCCAAACAAAAGUACCUGGAGGAACUGGAUUUGUCGUUCAACAACCUGACCAGCCUUAAUCUGGACAUGUUCGUGCCCUAUCUGACGAACCUGAAGAAGUUCCUGGUGGACGGAAACGAACUGACCGAGCUCCAGGGAAAUCGCACCUUCUCGGAGACCUUCCCCAUGCUCCAGAAACUGGGAAUAUCAAGGAACCGCUUCAACUGCUCCUACCUGCACCACCUGCUCAUCCCACCAUCGCUGGCCGAGUCUGUGAUGCUGAACAUCGAACCGGACACCAGCCUGGAAGAGACACCCCACAUCCGGGACGUCUCCUGCAUCAGUCAGUCCCAAACUGCAGUGAACGCUUCCUUCAUCGCGGAAGAGUCCGUGCUGGAGGGACACAUCCAAACGCUGUCCAAGCAGCUGGAGAUCGUGGGGGGCCACUCCAGGAAUCUGGAACGCCACCUGGCCUUCAUGGAGGUAUUCGCCUAUGUCCUGGGAGCCGCGAUCAUCAUCUGCAUGGUAGCUCUGGUCACUCUCCGGUAUCUGAAGAAUCGGCGUUCGGAUCGGUACGAUCGCAGCAGCAUUGUUUUCCGAUCCACCGCCACAAUGGAUGCAAAUCUUACCCUCAACAGUGAUUUGGCGUAAUAUUCAUAAAAAAUAAAUCAUAAUCAUUCCAAAAAUAUACAU